AUUUUUCGCCAGACGUCACAAAGCAUUUCACAUACGCAUUUCGUAUUUUGCAUUUGUCGCGUAAAUCGAACUGAACUAAAUACAAAAGUUUAACAAUUUUCCACUGUUUUAAGGCAUUUGUUGUUUUUGUACUCUAUAUUUGUGUUUUGGAAAACUACUCGAAAUACUCGAAAUAUCUACGCAACGUUGUGUUAUGAAAUCGUGCGUGUGUGUGAAAAAAGAAAACUAAGCAACAAUUACUAUUGAAAACAAACGUGCAAUUUAUUCCAUUUUCGAUUUUCCAACCUCGCCCCGCAGCAAUAACAAUAACAAAUCCCCUGCGCUUGCAAUUCAGCAUCGCCUUCACACACACACACACAUUCACAGAAACACAUUCACACACACUUAAAAACAAACACACGCAUAUUCAUGUAGAAAUUGGAAUAUAGUUUUGGAUGCCUCGAUGGCUCUUGUUACUUUGCCGCAAUUGUUAAAGAACUUACGCAAUGCUCCAAACACUUUGCAGUUGAUCCCUUCAAAGAAAUCCGCAUUAUUAAUAACUAGCGCAUCAACAACAAUUACAAGCAGAACAACAACUCAAACAGACAAAGAAAACACAAGAACAACAAGAACAGCAGCAACUGGCAAAGCCCAAAUAACGAAUUACGUCGCACAGCUGCGUCAACUGAGCAGCUUCAGCUUCAGCAGCCGCAGCAACAGCAACAACUAUAGACGCAAGAAGAAGAGCAGCAAAGGCAAAAGCUGCGAGUACAGCAGCACCUAUGCAAGCUUAGGCAAAGCACCAACAACAACAACAACAGCAACCACAAGAACAACAACAACAUCGACAACUAUGUCUCAAGAGGUGGCGGCCGUGGCCGGCAUGGCAGAAGCUCAGGCUCAAGCUCCGUUCAGCGGAGAGUACUUUGACAUGCCCCCCUUUCACUGCGAAAUGAGUGACUCUGCGCCCAACACGCCCGGCCCCAAUUCGGUACCGAAAAAGUAUUAUCGCCAUGCGGCCCACAGAGUUUUUGUGAACCGUUCGCUGCAUUUGGAGAACAUUAAGUACUAUGGCUUCGACAUGGACUAUACAUUGGCAGAGUACAAAUCUCCGCAAUAUGAGCAGCUGGGAUUCAAUUUGGUCAAGGAGCGUCUGGUGUCAAUGGGCUAUCCCAAGGAGAUUUUGCAAUUUGAAUACGAUCCAACAUUUCCAGUGCGCGGCCUUUGGUUCGAUACGCUCUACGGCAAUCUGCUGAAGGUCGAUGCCUAUGGCAACAUUUUGGUCUGUGUGCAUGGCUUUGAGUUCAUCAAGCAUCACCAGGUGUACGAGUUGUAUCCGAACAAGUUUUUGAAGCUGGAUGAGUCGCGUGUUUAUGUGCUCAAUACGCUAUUCAAUUUGCCAGAGACAUAUUUGUUGGCCUGUCUUGUCGAUUUCUUUAACCAUAGCUCUGAAUUUGUGCGCGUUGAACGCGGCAUCAAAGCUGGUGAUUUUCUUUUUACCUAUAAGUCGAUUUUCCAGGACGUGCGUCGUGCCGUCGACUGGGUGCAUUCCGAUGGCGAUCUGAAGCGUCGUACCACACAGAACAUGGCGUACUAUGUGAAGAAGGAUGCUCGCUUGCCAACAGUGCUGUCGCGCAUCCGCGUCUCGGGUGCCAAGGUGUUCAUGUUAACGAACAGCGAUUAUACGUACACCAACGAGAUCAUGACCUAUCUGUUUGACUUUCCCCAUGGCGCCGAUGUGAAUGAACCGCAUCGCGACUGGAAGACCUACUUCGAUGUGAUCGUGGUGGAUGCGAGGAAGCCGCUGUUCUUUGACGAGGGAACCGUGCUGCGACAGGUGGACACAAAGACGGGCAGCCUGAAGAUUGGCACACACAUUGGGCCACUGCAGCCGGGGCAAGUGUAUUCGGGGGGUUCGUGCGAACUCUUCACCAAGUUCAUCAAUGCCAAGGGCAAGGAUGUGCUCUAUGUGGGCGAUCACAUCUUUGGCGACAUACUCAAAUCGAAGAAGAUACGCGGCUGGCGCACGUUCCUCAUUGUGCCCGAGCUCGUGCGGGAGUUGCACGUGUGGACCGACGAAUGUCAAUUGUUUGCUCAACUCCAGAAUUUGGACAUUAAUCUGGGUGAUUUGUAUCGCGAUCUGGACUCGAGUGCCAAGGUUAAGCCGGACAUAUCGCAUCUGCGCACCAGCAUACGCGAUGUCACACACAAAAUGGAUAUGUCCUAUGGCAUGAUGGGUUCACUUUUCCGCUCGGGAUCGCGACAAACGUUCUUCUCCAGCCAAGUGGUGCGAUAUGCCGAUGUGUAUGCCGCCACGCUGCUCAAUCUCAUCUAUUACCCCUUCUCGUAUAUGUUCCGUGCACCGGCGAUGCUGCUGCCACACGAGUCGACGGUGGCUCACGAUCAGGUGCAUCAGCCGCCACCUCCGCCGCCAUCCUCGUCUAGCACAACACUCGAGGAUGCGAGCAGCAGCAGCAGCAGCAAGAAUACUGGCUCAACUUCCGGUUCCGGUUCUGGCUCCGUUUCCGGCUCUGUUUCCGGCACCACUGUGCGUGCAGAUGAAUCGCAGAAUGGCAGCAACAAUUCGCCCGUCAAAGAUCCCAAGGAUCUGCAUCGUGCCAGCUCCAUUGUGCACACACGCCCAUCGACGCCCACUGUGGUCACCCACACACACGACGAGGACUAUUCCGAGGAGGAGGAGACUGCCAGCGGCGCUGAGUCGACGACAGAGCAGCAGAAACGCAACGAAGCCUCCGACUAAAGCAGCGCUGCCUCUUCUUCUUCUUCUUCUACUACUACUCUCCUUCACCAUCUCUUCCCUAUUUUUCAACGAAUUUUCAUUGCUGUUUCUAUCGCUCCGUUCUACAAACAAACAAAAAAGGAUCAUGUUGCAACCUUCCGUUUUACAACAUGUUGCAACUAGUGAGAAACGUGCGAUUUCAUUUAUUUUUUUGGCGAUUUUACAUACAACAAAAAUUAUAUAUAUAUAUAUAUAUAUUAAAAUAAAUAUAUACAUACAUACACAAUUAUA